AUGCCUAUGGUGUCGGGCGAUGCUCCCAUGUCUCCUGGCCGGCUCUCGCCAACGAAAACCUCCUUCUUUACUCCAUUGCCAAUAAUUGGACAACAGAAAGCAACCAACAGAGCAUCCAGACAGAAACUUUUAGGAGUCGACUGUGUUGAUGCUGUAAUGUUUGAUCAAUGGCAGCCUGGAAAGGACUAUGUCAAGACUCUGGUGGGUACUGCUUUCACAGUGGAUUUCUCUAAAAUGACAACGUUAAGCACUGGUACUACAUGGAGCAUUCCUGUAACCUUCAGUCCGUUGAAACACGAACGUCACCACGACACUCUCGAGUUUUCGACUCCAUAUGGACCGUUUACCGUAGAUCUAGCUGGGAACUUGCCACAACACAAGCUGGUUUUCACAGAAAAGCUGGAUUUCGGAUACUCGCCAGUUCGCGCGACGAGCAUGAAAUCAAUCCAAUUAUCAAAUCUUGGACCACUACCAUCAUAUUUCGUAUGGAAUGAAGGUGUCAAUUCGCCGUUUACAGUGCUGUCGCCAAAGAAUGGAACUCUUGCGCCAGGAGAAAGUGUUAAUGUAGUCGUUCAAUUUUGUCCACAGGAUGCGUCUGUCUGUGAAUCGAAUCUAGUCUGUUGCUUCGGUGAUCGUGACAGAUGGGACGAAGAAAGAGUGACGCGACAACUCAGAGCUACGGGAGUUGGCAAGUACUCGUAUGUACGCUUCCGGCAUAAUGUCAAGAAGGUGGAAUUUGGUGAUGCGUUGGUUCCAGCAUCGUUUACGGUGACGCCUAAGGAAAUUGGAUCCUCGCCAUCUGCAUUUUCAGUAUACCCAUCGCAAGGCGUUAUUGGUCCUCGCAGUUCUGCCAAACUGAAGCUCAUAUUUGCUCCAAACAUUGUCUUUCCAAUCUCUGCAGAGUCUUUCAACAUCGAUAUUCCCUCUGGUACCAGUCUUCAGUUAACAUGCACUGGAGAAGCAGUUGCAUCCAAAGUGGCUCUAAGUACAACGGCCCUGAGUUUUGGUGAAGUGCCAUCCGCAUACACAGUAUCCAAAUCUGUCAUGCUGAAGAACUUGUCUUCUGAACGUGUGGCAUAUCAGUUCACGCUGGACGGAACUGGCGUAUUCAAAGCAGACAAGACGUUGGGCACUUUGGAGCCUCGUCGAUCUGCAACAAUCACAUUCACAUUUUCAGCCAACGAGCCGUUCAAUUACUAUCGCAGAAUCUAUUGUCUGUUAGAGCAUCAUGAUGCUUUGACUCUGGAUUUGUUAGCUACAUGCUUCACAGACCAAGUCAAGCCAAUCUGCAUAACAGCACAGCAUUUAGAUGCCUUCCAUAGGCGAAUAUCGAAUGGGCUUUGGAUGUAUCAUCCUGAUGAGCUACAAGAGAUGUUACAACUAGAGGUCAUCCAAUUCACAAGAAAUCAUUUGUCGUAUGUCGUGAUUCCUCGAGACUUGGACUUUGGAAUACAUUCAGAUGCGCCCUGUGAAGGAUCUGAGAUGCUGAGUGAAUUUUAUAACGAGACAUUACUGGGAGCUCGUCUAGCUGGAGUCUCAGAGUCAUCAGUCAAUUUUGGGUCAUCGUUUGCAAAAGGAUUUGUGACGCAGAAGACUAUUCGUGUGUCAAACAACACCAAAGGACAAGUGGCGGGACUGUGGUCGGUUCCUUCUAGUGGAUUUACUAUUGAGCCCAAAACGUUUGACUUGAAAGCACAAGAUAUUGCUGAUUUCAAAGUCUUCUUUGAUCCUGGACAAAGUCGAAAUGAACUCUUUACAGGAGAGCUGGAAGCGUUUAUGACUUUUGCAGGUGCUAAAACUGUAGAUGAACGGACACUCACACCGUCUUGGUGUUUGAAAGUUGCCGUCACUGGAAACUCAUUGACUACUGAUGCGCCUCCUGGAGCAAUCGACGUUUCUCAACCCACGCUACAAUUCCCAGGCAGUCACGUCGAACGGUCCUUGUAUUCGACCAUCAAAGUGUUUAAUCCUUCAGCACAGCCAGUCAAGUUUGCAGUUGAAGAUAUUGGCAGUGCAGCUGUUACAUCAUCAUUGGGAUCUGUCUUGUCAGUGAGGCCAAGGCAUUGUACUUUGAAUAGUCUUGAGCAUCGCUUGAUUGUUGCUCGGUUUGUGCCAGCUGAUCCACUGCCAUACUCGCAUCAGCUACAGUGUCUGGUUAAUGAUAAGCCGGUGGAGAAUCAAGUCUUGCAACUUGGCGGAACUGGUCAUUUCGCAAAGGUUUCUUUGAGCACAGGAACUAGUCUUAGCUUUAGACCAACAUUGUUGGGUACUACUGCUGUUCAACAAAUCACGAUACAGAAUUUGUCACAGAUAUCUGUUGAUUUCAAGUGGUUACAACCAACGGAUGUGUGCACAUUUUUCUCUGUCGAACCAGCAUUUGGACUAUUAGUGCCGAAUGGGUCCCAAGUCCUCAAAUGCACGUUCAACCCAACAGCUGUUCGCGGCUAUAAUGUAACUCUGGCAUGCCAAUUUGGUCAUCAUCUCUCAGAACAACCACCAUGGCCCGAUCAUCCUCAAAACUUUGUAAACACUUUGACUCUGGAUGUCAAGGGCCAAGGAUCUAUUGGCAAAGUGGUUGCUGAACCUAAAUUGAUUGAUUUUGGGCCUGUGCUUCUUGGACAAGCUGCAGAGCGAGAAGUCCGAAUCUUUAAUCCUACCGAAUGUGACAUUUUGUUUGAUUUGAAUGUUGUUCGUGUUGGAGGUGGUAGUGAUGACGCCAAAUUUGAUGUGACUACCUCAUCAGAUAUGUUGUAUGCUCGGGCUUAUAGCACUAUCCGGAUUCGAGUGGAGCCAAGCAAGUGUGUCGAGUCCAAGUUCCGUGUGCUGUAUCAAGUCAGAGGAUUUAGCAAGAAAAACAAGCCUGAAGCUGCAAAGCUCUUAAAAUUGUUUGAUGUAAACGUUCAAGGAGUUCGACCUGUAACUCAAGUAAUGGAUGUUCGCAGCUCUGAUAUGAGCAAGAGUGCUCUGUGGAGGAUGUUUAGUAUUGAACAGUUCAAUACUGGCGUUGAAACUGGGCUUUCGGAUUCACAGGAAGAAGAAUCCGAUGAUUCUCAAGUCGUUUUCGAUUUUGGAGCUGCAUCGUUUGAGUCGGUGCCAACUGUUGUAUCUAUGAGGAUGGUCAACCCAGGUGUCGUGCCAGUACACUGGGCGUUCGACCUGCCGAAUCACAUGGAUGUUCAACCAGAGACAUGGAUUGAGGUUGCAGAUCAGACCGAAGAGGAAGCACAACAGACUUUUGUUGUUGACCAUGAGUUAUUUGAAAUCUCUCCAAGGAAUGGAACACUAGCUCCUAAUGAGGAGAUCAUUGUCCACUUUGCCUAUUACCAUCGUGAGCGAGGGUCGCAUCACUUACCGUGUAUCUUCCGUCUUUCGAGUAAUGGCAACACAAGCGGUCAAACUCUCAUCGUCACUGUGACGGGCAACACUGUUGAUCCAGUUCAAAAAUACGCACACCUCACAUCAUCAACAUUCCAUCUUCGAUCUGUUGCUGUGAAUUCUAUGAGACCUCCAGUACAGAUUUUUGAAAUACCUAACUUUGGUCUUGUAUCAUGGCAGUAUGAGAUUAGUGAGGCAGUGUUUAAACAGAUACGUGAGCAAAACCAUGGAUUUGAAGUGCUCUCGUGCUUGCAACCUAAAGGUUGUGUCAAUCCUGGAGAUUCUGCGUGGAUACCGUUUAUAUUCCGUCCUGCUGAAACUAAGACUUAUUUGAUUGAGAUACCAAUCAAGAUUGAUGAUGGCGCCACUAGAAUGGUUACAUUUCAAGGUCGUGGCAUUGCUCAAUAUACGCAAUCUGAGGACUUCAAACGUGUGAGUCGGACUGAACAUGGAGACAAAAUACCGACUACACGAUCCAUUGAGUUCGAAAAUCAAUUGGCUGUAUUGUCUGUUGACCGAGUCAACUUCGGACAUGCACCGCUUGGAGCACUGCUAAGACAAGUGGCUGUCAUUCAGAGUCAGCCUGGUCAAAGAUUGCCGCUUCGAUUCCUUUGGCAGAUUCCACCGAUGAGUGGUCUUGAAUCUUUGGCCGUGACGCCCAUGACGGGAAUACUAGAACCAGGACAAAGUGUUGUUUGCAAGAUGGUUAUGACUUUGGAUCAGCAGCCAAGAAUCUUGGAUAUUGAUUUGGUUUGCCUUCUCUUCCAUGAUCAAGACAGGAUGUCUGCUGAAGCUAUAUCACAAACGUCAAUUGACCGAACAUCUUUCAUCGGCAAUCGAGAAUUCGCUAUGAAAGGGUCUCGUGUGGAUUUGAGGACCAUCAAGUAUCGUCCACUGCCUCCUAUAAACAGUAGCAAUGUGGACCCAGACUCGUAUGAUGAGCCGCUUAGCGAUGAAAGGAAUCGUGGAUUGAUAUCAACGCCUGUCUGUAAGAUGUAUCUGGGACUGGCGGUGCAUUCUCACUGUGCAGAGGAAUUCAAGAGUCUGUAUACUGGAUUUGAGGAGUGCUUCUUUGAGCCGAUACAAGCUCGGCCUACCAACCUGACCAAAGCACCAUCUUCAUCGACCAAGACUGUCUUUACAUCCAUGGUUGAUCAGAUGAUGGAUGAUAUUAUGCAAGAACUUGAUAGUGAAGGCCUUGCAGAGUCUUUGGUGCAUGAACCAGAUCCACCAUACUUUGCCCAGUUGACUUCAGUUCCUUCAAAUGGUGUCUAUUCUGGAGAUUCAAAGGAACUGUCUGAAGAAGAACGUGAAGGUGUUGAGAAAGUUCUCAGAUCAACAAAGUUCCAGACUAUGGCAGAGAAGGUGUUUGAAAACACGAUUUUCAACCUCUUGCUUGAGGCGGAUGCUGGAGAGUUUGACGUGACAGUUUGUAGAUAA